CCGCGCGCCUGCGCCCUGCUGACGGCUGACGGUUGGAUGCCCCGUGCGGUGCGAAUGCGGAAGCGGUGCGCGAGAGAGUGACGUCGGAGAAAAACAAACAUCAACGGCCGGAGAUUUAAACCGAAAACAAACAAGAUCAGAAUAAAAGGUCUGCAGAGUAGCACACGGCCUGAGGAGAGGAGACUGAGGAGCUCAUAGACAACCGAAAGAAAGGAGAUUAAAGAAAAAAACAGCAAUGACAGUGAUGUAAGAAAUUCACAAAAAAAGGGAUGAGUAAUAAAUAGAAGGACAAGCAGUUUGGCGAUAACGUCUUAUGUGAGUGAGACAGAGAAUCAACUAAUAAGAUUAGUUAAAAUUUGAUUUGGUUGAUUCAAAAGAUCUCGAGAUUCUGGAACAAAAAUAAACUAUGCAAAGGUCUUGCAAAAGAAAUAAGCAGAUUGCUAUUCGUGAAGACAAAACAAUUUUCUCCACUGGGCAGAAAAAACUGCAAAAUCGUUAUGAUUUUGCCCAGUUUUUGCCACGAGAGUUAACUCUGAAAAUUUUCAGCGAACUGGACAUUCGAAGCCUGGCUAAUGCUGCAAUAACAUGCAAAGCAUGGAAUGAUCUGAUCGAAACCAGUGACAGCCUGUGGUACAAUCAUUGCCUGACCAUAUUGGCUGUCUGCAAGAGAGAGGUACAGUGGGAUCGAGCACAUGGACUUUCAUGGAAGGUUACUUUGAUGAGGAACUACAAGAAAAGCAACAUAAAACGCGCAUGGUUAGAUGGUCAAUACAGUCACAUUCAUUCUGCAGCUGAGCUUCUGCACAACAGUAUGUGUGAAAUGGAUGCAGAUGCUUGGGGAGAGAUACUGGAGGCAGAACUGGAAAGAUAGUGUUGUGUUAAGUUGGGGCAUUUUUUGCAGUAUCAUGCACUUACAAAACAAAGCUAAAAGCACUAAAAUAAAAGUUUUAUUUGUCAAAUGGUUUAUGCUUUAAAAAUAGUAAAUAAGAAAUUUUAUUGCAUUUGUAAUCUUUGAAUAGUUAAAAAUGGAAUUUAUUUUAAAGUUGCAAUUUUAAAAGUAUGGCUUCUUUUUCAAGAAAUGUGUUCCACUGUUUUAAGCACUUUUGUUUUUCUUUGUUAC